AUGGAUCCACGAACAUCUCAGUUCCUAGACCCAUCCUCAGCCAUGGCCGCCAUCACCAAGCACAAGGCCGAAGCAAUAAAACUAGCUCGAGAACAAGGGGUGGCUGUACAGGAGAUGUGUCGCCGCGCGAAGACAGAGGUCCCACCAUACGAGUUCGAAGAGUUGAUAGGCAAAGGUGCCUAUGGUCGUGUCUACAAGGGUCACCAAAAACCAUCAGGUCGGCUUGUUGCCAUCAAGGUUCUGGAUAUUGACUCGUUGGACUACAAAUCGCUUAGAGAUUUCAGAGACGAGUCUAUCAAAGAUUUCAUUCAUGAAACAAAGGUGAUGAAGCAAGUGAAGGACUCCGGUGCCAAAAACAUAAACGAACUUAUUGAAGCCAUUUCCAUCCACUCUCAGUUGUGGUUGGUUUGUGAAUACUGUCCCGGUGGCAGUGUUCGUACCUUGAUGCGUGCAACAAACGACAAACUCGAUGAGAAGUACAUCAUUCCGAUUGCUCGCGAAUUGGCUGUGGGUCUUCGUGCCAUCCACGAUGCUGGUAUCAUUCAUCGCGACGUGAAGGCUGCAAACAUUCUUGUUCAUGAAGAGGGUCGUCUAGAGAUAUGUGACUUCGGUGUUGCUGGUGUUCUUCAAUCACAGCGAGACAAACGAUCCACGUGGAUCGGCACACCGCACUGGAUGCCACCAGAGAUGUUCGCAACUCGUGGAGAGGCUCAUCGCUAUGGAAGUGAAAUUGAUGUGUGGGCAUAUGGGUGCACACUGUUCGAGUUCGCAAACGGAAAUCCGCCAAACGCUGGCCUGCGAGAAAGAAUGCAAAUCGGUCGCCAGUUAAAUCGCAAGACUCCUCAGCUAGACAGCGACAAAUACAGCCAAGGCUUGAAGGACCUGAUUGCCUACGCUCUCGACUCCAAUCCUCUCACUCGCCCCACAAUGACAGAUAUUCUCGCUCAUCCCUACAUUGCCGGUACAGAAGAGGAAUAUCCAACUUCAUCUGUGAGUGAAUUAGUGAGGAAUUAUUACCAAUGGUCGCAGCGAGGAGGUCAGCGUAUUUCUUUGUUCCAUCCUGGCGGUGCUGCGGCAGCCGAACUCCCAGGCUUCGAGGAGUCAGGGGAUGACUGGAAUUUCAGUACGACAGAUGGAUUUGAGCGAAGAUUCUCCGUCAUUGACCUGGAUCAAAUUGCCGCCUCUUUGGCCCAAAUGGAGCAAUCAAUCAGUCCGACCAAUGCGCUGCCUGAACAGGACAUAGGCGAAGAGUUUUCAGAAAGCGAGCUGAACUAUGAGGACAAGGCCAAUUUCGAUGAACGCGUGCGUCGAGGUGCGGAGGCAAUGGAAGGACUUUUUAACGAAGACAUGCCCAGUUACAGAUAUGAAACGAAAAACGACUUUGUCCCCAUUGAACCCGCCCAGCCCACUUCGGAUCUUCCCCUCCGUGCGGAAACAGACCGCUCUUCUGUCACGUCAACCUUUCUCGAUAUUGAUAUCGGGUCAUUCGAAGCUUCACAUUACGCAGCAGGAGCUCCAUCUACACAGCCUUUCCAACUGAUCGAUGCACAUACUAUCCGCGCGAACCGUUCCAGUCUUCGGUUACACAGAAACUCCAAUGAAAAUACUUCAAAGCCCUUUGAUAGCGGCUCAGAUGAUAACAACGAUCUAGAGGACACAUUCGUGCCAUCCGGCCCACGACCUCCAACUAUGGACUGGAAGUUCCCGUCAUUCACACAGGAUGUAGAGGAACCUGCGGAAGAAGAAAAGGAAGCCCCUGCCCAGAAACCCGCGGAUGAAGAGUCACUUCAGGCUGAGAAACGAGCUACCAUGCAAUGGACAUUCCCAGUCAUGGGGUCUGUCCCCGAGAGCCAAACCUACGAAGAUCGACAUGAUACACUCCGAGCUCCACUUCCCGAAGUUCAGCCUCCGCUGCCGUCGCAACCACAGUCGACAGAUGAACCAGGUGACUCGCGUCCUUCGACCUCAGCUUCAAAUACCUCCGAUUCCGACUAUGAUCCCUUCCGCUUCGAUCGUCCUACCACCCCACAGGGCGCAAACCCUCUCCAUCACAGUCAUUUCUUCGACACUGAACUCCCUGCGAUGCUGACAGCAGCCGGUUACCCUGAUUAUGAGUCUUCUGGGGUCCUUGAUGGACCCGGUCCAGACGAGGAAUCUCAUCCCACUCUGAAGGAGCAGAGAUCAUCGUUCGAAGAGAUCUCGGAACCAGGCUCUCCCGUGUUCGAAACUAUACGAAACGUACGACACGAUGUACCCGAGCCCAUGCCACAGGUAGAGGGAGACAAACGUGCUAUACCAUUCCCAGCUCUCAUACCCCCAAGUGGGCCGAGUUUGAUGGAAGGUGUGGAUGAUGGUUUGGUCACGGCAGAGCUUGAUCGCCUGCUUGGUGAUUUCCUUGAGUCGCUUGUGGCGACUGGUGAAGCAUUGUCGUGGUCUGAAGCUGACGAAACAAACAAUGUCCCUGAAGGAAUGGUUCGACCGAUCUAG